GCGUCCGGCAGCUGCUUUUAUUCUGGGAGUCUUUUGUGGGGCAGAAGUUCAUACAGCCGUGCAGUUAUUUCGUAAUUUUUUUUUUACAUAUAAUAUCACACAACCAGAGAGAAUGAGGGAAAUUGUGCAUAUUCAGGCUGGCCAGUGUGGUAACCAAAUUGGUGCUAAGUUCUGGGAGGUGAUCAGCGAUGAGCAUGGAAUCGACCCUACAGGCACCUACCAUGGAGACAGCGACCUGCAGCUGGACAGAAUCAGUGUCUACUAUAACGAAGCCACAGGUGGCAAGUAUGUGCCCAGAGCCAUUCUAGUGGACCUGGAGCCCGGUACCAUGGACUCGGUCAGAUCCGGACCAUUCGGACAGAUCUUCAGACCAGACAACUUUGUGUUCGGUCAGAGCGGUGCUGGAAAUAACUGGGCGAAGGGCCACUACACUGAAGGGGCUGAGCUGGUUGACUCCGUGCUGGACGUGGUUCGCAAAGAGGCAGAGAGCUGUGACUGUCUGCAGGGCUUCCAGCUCACCCACUCCCUGGGCGGGGGCACUGGCUCAGGAAUGGGCACCCUGCUCAUCAGCAAGAUCCGGGAGGAAUAUCCCGACCGCAUCAUGAACACCUUCAGCGUGGUCCCCUCCCCGAAAGUAUCCGACACCGUCGUGGAGCCCUACAACGCCACCCUGUCCGUGCACCAGCUGGUGGAGAACACGGACGAGACCUACUGCAUCGACAACGAGGCGCUCUACGACAUCUGCUUCCGCACCCUGAAACUCACCACGCCCACCUACGGCGACCUCAACCACCUGGUCUCCGCCACCAUGAGCGGGGUCACCACCUGCCUGCGCUUCCCCGGCCAGCUCAACGCCGACCUCCGCAAACUGGCCGUCAACAUGGUGCCCUUCCCCCGCCUGCACUUCUUCAUGCCCGGCUUCGCCCCCCUCACCAGCAGGGGGAGCCAGCAGUACCGCGCCCUCACCGUCCCAGAGCUCACCCAGCAAGUGUUCGACGCCAAAAACAUGAUGGCGGCCUGCGACCCGCGGCACGGGCGCUACCUCACGGUGGCGGCGGUCUUCCGCGGCAGGAUGUCCAUGAAGGAGGUGGACGAGCAGAUGCUGAACGUGCAGAACAAGAACAGCAGCUACUUCGUGGAGUGGAUCCCCAACAACGUCAAGACCGCCGUCUGCGACAUCCCGCCCCGGGGGCUCAAAAUGGCUGUCACCUUCAUCGGCAACAGCACGGCCAUCCAGGAGCUGUUCAAGCGCAUCUCCGAGCAGUUCACCGCCAUGUUCCGCCGCAAGGCCUUCCUCCACUGGUACACGGGAGAGGGUAUGGAUGAGAUGGAGUUCACCGAGGCCGAGAGCAACAUGAACGACCUGGUGUCCGAGUACCAGCAGUACCAGGACGCCACGGCCGAGGAAGAGGGCGAGUUUGAGGAAGAGGCCGAAGAGGAUGCCUAAAAAGCAGCAACAAGAUACGGGGGGGUUAGGCGGGGGGAGGGUGGGGACAAAACUGAAGCAAACCCAAGCACUAGAAUGGUGAAGCAAGGAAAAAUAAAAUUGGAAAACAAAAUGGCUUAAGAGAUCAAGCAACCAGAGGAGGGAUGGAAGGAUAUUGUCAAGAAACCAAUCCCAACCCAGCAAGUGAUGAGAAAUUGAUGCAGAGCAAAUUAUAAACCAGCAAAAAAAAAGUGAGAAGGUGGUGGGAUUAUGUUACCAGUAAAAAGAAUAAAAACAAAAUGAAUGUAAGCAAGCAGGAGGAUGAGAAGGAACAAGAAAGCAAUUGGCUAUAAACCUUCCAGCAUGUUCAGUAUGCCAAACCCAGGAAGUAAACAUCUACUUUUGUAUUUAUGUGUGUUUGUGUCUUUCCUCAUUCCUCGUCCCUUCCAAUAAAAAAAGACAACAGUAUUAAUACAACAGUAUUACAAAAAAAACCAAUAGCAACUAAGCAGACUGAUCAAUAAGCACAGUGAUGUCACACACCGCACAACCAAGAUGACAAACUGCUGUUUCUUGAGAGGUCCAGGCAGGUCAGCUGACAGGACAAAGCGAGGAAGCACAAAGACACAGAGUGCCAGAAAUGAACAAUACAGGCAAGACCAAGGAGGGAAGGACAAUGUGCUACAGAACAGAGAGCGAAUGUCAGCAGAGGAAGAUGUGUGAGGAGGGGCUGGAAAAAGUAUUCUUGCCAACCAAGUAUUCUUGCCAACCUACCAAGGAGAAGAGUGGUCUGAUCCAUUUCAUGGUGUCUUUUCUAUUUAUAUUUUAUCUUCUCUGUGUUUCUAAUUUUACUUUUUUACAUUACUUAUUUUUUUACUGAGAUCCUUCCACUUCCAGAUUGAGUCCUGUGUGACUAGUAAUUGAAUGUCUGGCCACAGAAUUUCUUAAGGAGAGAGAAAAUGCGGAAUAUUCGUUCAAACGAAUGCUGAGAUUUUCCUGCAGCUCCCCCACUGGACAAUAAAGACAUGCAGCACAGAGAGAGGGACCAAACACUCACGGAUAGUAGGCCAUUUAAACAUGCCACACCCCACAGUGUUUACGAAUAAUGAAUAAAAUACUAUAGUUUAAAACUCUGUAAACAAAUGUGUUCUAAACAGGGAAAACCACAUGCAUAGCAGCAUGGACUGGGGUUAGACACUUUGUAAUUUCAGAAAGGUGACUUUGGUUUGAGUGGUGUGCACAGUAUUACCUGAAGUAGACCUCAGCCGAACGCCAGUCAACGUCUCGGAGAGGCAGGGUGGGUACGCACUACUGGUCUGGGAAAGGAGAAAGUAUAUGUUUAUAAUAAUUUUUGGAAAAAGUAAAUUGAAGGGGAAAAGCAUGGUAAGAGUUGAUCAACAGAAAUAAACAAAAAUGCAUGACUGAGUGCAGACAUGUUAUGUAUUACACAUAUUGAGCAAAACAAAUUGUAGAGAAGCUCAGAUAUUUUUCAGUUUACUUUCCCUCUCCUCAUCAUGUGUUUCUGUUUGAAGUUCUGCAACUUCAGCUCUACUUUCUCCAUAUUUUAUUUGUGUUUGUUUUUCCCUGUCCUGUCUUUCUGAAAACUCUGUUUCACAUUGAACAGGAAGGAGCCUCUGGGGAAGAAUAAAAGCCUUUUUAUAAAAACUGAAAAAA